CCCCGACACGCUGCGGGCCCCGGGAAGGGCCGGGCCGGGGGCUCCGGGCCGCAGGUCCCGGACGGCGGAGCCGGGAGCGCCUCAGGUGGAAGAUGGGAUGUUUUAGGUGAAACCUGCUUGCCAUGAAAUCCCGAGGGAGAUAGAGGGACUGCAGUGGGAACUCCUUCUCACUCCUCCACAACAAAUCCAACAGCUGCCUGAUGGGAUUUCCUCUCUGCCUGGCGUCAUGGGGAGCUGCUGCAGCUGUCUGUGCCCAGACAGCAUCCCAGACAACCAUCCCACCAAAUUCAAGGUGACCAACGUGGACGACGAGGGGCACGAGCUGGGCUCGGGGGUGAUGGAGCUGACGCGGCGGGAGCUGAUCCUGCACUCGCACAAGCGCGACGCCGUGCGGUGGCCGUACCUGAGCCUGCGGCGCUACGGCUUCGACUCCAACCUGUUCUCCUUCGAGAGCGGCCGCCGCUGCCACACCGGCCAGGGGAUUUUUGCCUUCAAGUGCUCCAGAGCAGAGGAGAUCUUCAACCUGCUGCAGGACCUGAUGCAGUGCAACAGCAUCAACGUGGUGGAGGAGCCCAUGGUGGUCACCAGGAGCAGCCACCCCUCGGAGGGGGAGCUGGCCCACAGCCCCCAGGGCCCCACCAGUCUGGGCUACACUGGGCUUCCCAAUGGAUUUCACGGCUUCCCUGGAGAAUCCCUGUCCUGCUCUGCAGCCCAGCAGCCCUCAGUGAGCAGCCUGAGACAUUCCUCUGUGGGGGAAGACUCUACGCACCCUCUCCUGGGGCCUGAGGAGCAGUCCCACACCUACGUCAACACCGGCGAGCCGGAGCCGAGGGGCCGCCACUGUUUGCACCCCCUGCCUGAAGCCCACCCUCCUUUCCCCCCUAGGAACCACAGCUGCUCCCUGGAAGACCGAAACCCCCAGGUCUUCCUGCAGCCAGGGGAGGUGAAAUUCGUGCUGGCUCCCACCUCGGGUUACCGCCGGCUGUGCCGGCAGCCCCGGCCGUGCCGGCCUCACCUCUGCGCCCCCAACAACAACAACAACGAGUGCCAGCAGGGCUGUCCGUCCCCACAGUGUGUCUACGAGAACCUCAACGGGCUGGUGGCCCCCAGCAGCUCGUCCCUGUGCCGGGCUGGCCGCUCCAAGGCGUCCCGGGAGGACGGCAGCUGCUCCCAGCGCCGCUCGGCGCUGCUGCACUACGAGAACCUGCCGGCGCUGCCGCCGGUGUGGGAGCUGCAGCCGGCCCAGCACGGGGAUGAGGACGCUGGCAUGGCACCCACGCCGUCCCCAAACGGCUUCUCUGAGGCUGGGGAGGAGGAGCCCCUGCAGAACCCCGCGGGCUCGGAGCCGCGCCGCGCUUUCCUGCCCAGGCCCCGGCGCAGCCGCCUGCCCAACGUCUUCAGCUUCGACUUCCCCCGGCCCUGCCCGGAGCCGCCACGGCAGCUCAACUACAUCCAGGUGGAGCUGGAGCCCGAGGCCUGCAAGGGACAGCAGGAGCCCAGGGUGGCGGCCCCUGGCAGCCCCGGUGCCCGCCGCACCGACUCCUACGCCGUCAUCGACCUCAAGAAGACGGCGGCCAUGUCCAGCCUGCAGCGGGCCCUGCCCAGGGACGAUGGCACCUCGAGGAAAACUCGCCACAACAGCACUGACCUGCCCCUCUGAGGGCCCCAAGUGCCAGCCCCGUGUCGUGGCUUCGGUCCCUGCCCCUCUCUGUGUCCUGUCCCCCCCGAGUGUGGCUCCCUCUCUCGCCAUUGCCAUCGCCGGGGCCCAGCGUGGCUCCUGCAGCUGCUGCUGUUGAGGCUCUGUCUGUCUGUCCGUCCUCCCCUCUCUGUGUGUUGCUCGUUUUUCAAGCCUCGUGGGAUGUGUGGUGGUUUUUCAAGCCUUGUGGGGUGUGUGGUGGUUUUUCAAGCCUUGUGGGGUGUGUGGUGACUCUGAGGGUGGAAUUGCGGUGGCGCAGCCUGGGCUGGGGCAGGGCGGAGGCAGCUGGGCUGUGCCUCGGGGCAGUGCUCCCAAAACUGAACUGCUUCAGGAGCUCUGUGCAAAUGGAGCCUGUUCCUCAUGGAUUUCACACCUCCAGGAGAGCUCUGUGGUGAGGCCACUCCAGAGCUGGGCUUUGCCUUGUGCUCCCAGUGGUGCCUGGAGAUGAGGAGCUCACGCCGUGGCCUUUCCCCCCUCAGCUCGCUGUUCGUUCCUGAAGCUUUUUAUCCUUCUGUCCCUGUCUCAGAUCCAAUUUCAAUUGGGCAGCUGCAAUGAAACCAGGAGGACACAGAGCCAUGGGCACACACUGUGAUCACAGAAACCUGAUUGCCUGAAUCCUUAAAUUCCCU